AUGUUUUCCAAGUACCCUCGGCUCUUAUCGCAAGAGCCAGAGAGUAUAGACGUUGUCGAAACGGAAUUCGACUGGUGGAGAGUGGUUGGUUCAUCAGACCCAGAGAGUGAUUCAGACAACGACACCAAGUCUCGCGUGGAGCUCUGCGUGAAGGCGGAGAGGAAUAAGACGCUGUGGAGUCACCUCUCCAGCCCUGAGAGGAAGAAAGUCUGCGAGCUGAUAGGAUAUGUGGAGGGGGCUCCCAGACAGGACAAGUCUAAGCAGUAUAUUGAACAUAAACUGAACCUGACUCUGGCGAACUGUUCUCUCACAUUAAUCAAUAGAAGUAAAGAGGUGCUGGUGGUGACGCUGACCCAGUUCCUUGCUUCUCUUGAAACCAGACCUUCGGCUAAAGCGUAUAAGUUAUCACUCCGUGCCGAUAACUUGGUGAUGGAGGGGGUGUCGUCAGACGGUGAACUGGUCCACAUGCUGAUAACAGCAAGAGAGUCGUCUAUGGGAACAGCACUGGCGGUGGAUGUAGAACGGAAUCCGAUAAACAGUCAUGCAGACCUCGGCAUCACCUGGCUGAUGGAGCCGGUGGAACUGGUGUAUGUGGAGCACGGUAUUACAGAGCUGAUAAAUUUCUUCCAAACGCAUUCAAUGAGUUCUGAGGAGCUUCUAGAAGAAGUUUCCACGGCUCUGGAGCAGGCUGGCAGCAUCAGCAAAUCGGUGCUUGCGUACGCAGUCAGUCGGAAGAAAGUUUUCAACCUGAACGUGGAUGUGAAGGGACCCACUGUGCUGGUGCCGGAGCACGGCUGUAUGCAUAAGCCCGGAAGACUGAUGGUAGUAGACGUGAACCGUAUAAUCAUAAAGACGGACCUGCAGCCAUCCAACUUGGUGCUAGAGGACGCGACGUGUAUGGAACUGGAGGAGAAGCUGUACGAUCGCUUCCACGCCGAGUGCUCUUUCCAGAUCCUUUUCUGCGACUGGAACGAACCGUGGCGGGAGUCCAAGAAACUUGGUGAUUCAGAGCGCCACCUCGUGCCUCGUGUGAAGAGUCAGCUGGUAUUUUCCACCAGCAUCAGGAAGGAUUAUAAGCUAUUGCCUAGAUACAAAUUAAAUAUAUCACUUUCGAGCCUCAAGCUCAACAUCUCGGACCGGAUCAUCGGUCUCCUCCUGGACUACCUGGACAACCUUCCGAUCCCGGUGCCCAACACGGUGCCGGUCUCGUUCAUGGAUUCCGGAGACUAUACGGAACAUUACGUGGACCCCGAGCUGGCGGAGACCCUGCAAUUGGACAGGAUAUCGGCCGACCCGGGCUACGGGGAGCUGGUGAAGCUGAGGAGGAAGAUUGUGGCUGCGUAUUUUAGCAGAAAUAGGGUGCCUGACACUCAAGUGGAUGGAGGUACGACUCAGUCUCCAACAGUGGAGUCCCUCCCACCAGCGGACCUCAGCGACGAGGACGUGGAGGAGUACGCGAGGUCCGUGGACCUCCCGGGCUUCGAUGAUAAUGUGUCACCGAGUAACAAUAUUGGGACAUUAUUGCGGUUUAUUAUUGGUGAAAUCGUAAUAAAUCUAAACCGUUCGAGCGAACAAGAAGACAAGCCCUACAUCAUGUUAAGCGUCACCAAGUUAUGCCUGGAUGUAGCGCUGAUGGCGUUCGGUCCAGCCAUCCAGCUGUCAGUGGCCUCAGCGCUGCUGACUGAUAAACAGCAUCACAGCAACAACGGACAGUAUCUCGAAUUGCUCACGACCGAUGGGGAGUUAUUCAAUUUGCUGUAUAGAAAGGUGCGCGCGCACUGCCCCGAGUUCCGCUCGCACUUCCACAGCGUGGAGCAGGCGCUGGUGGCGGACGCGGGCCGCCUCGCGCUGCUCGCGCACGCGCCCGCGCUGCACACGCUGCUCAAGUACAUCGCCUACCUGGCGGACAAGGUACAACAGCGCCACGCUCUAAAUAUGAAAGGUAUGGUGCUACCCAGGACGAAGAGAUUGUGGGAUCUGCUGAUGCAGCCGGAAGCUGACACGCCGGUCCCACCCGGUGCUACUAAAUUCAGUUAUUCCAUGCGGGUAUCGUCAGUGUCGGUGCGCGCGUGGCAGGCGGAGGGCGCGGUGGAGUGGCGCGCGCGGGCGCUCGACAGCGACUGCGUGUUCCGCGCGGACGACCGACUCGUCUUCCGACUCUUUUUGGGCUCCCUACAGCUGGACGAUCUUACUGAUGCCACCUUGUAUCCUAAGCUGAUCUGGCCGGAUGAGGACAAAGUGCUAGAGCUGAAGUACGUCCGGUCGGCGGGCGGCGCGCGCGCGCGGCCCCGCGCCGAGCUGCGCGUGCGCGUCGGCCGCCUGCACGUCGUGCUCUUCUGCUCGCUGCUCUACAACCUGCAGCAAUUCUUAGAGCUAUUAGUUCCUAGUUCAGCGGCAACAGAAGCGGCAGUAGCGGCCGAGAGAGCGGCGCAAGAACAAGCCGCUGAACUGCGAACCUCCGCUCUGAGAGUCAGUCUGGCUAUAGAGAUUCAUGCGCCUGUUUUGCUUCUACCACAAAAGCCAUCGUCUCCAAAUUUGUUGGUAUUCAAUUUAGGUGACUUAAUGAUAGAGAACUUCUUCAAGACAGUGAACAUAAGUCAAGAGGCGAACAGUCCCAUACAGAGUCCAGUUAUCGACAAUGUGUUGUUCAAACUUGAUAAUGUAACUCUAUCGAGAGCUGUUAUGACUCUAGCUGGGACUCUUGAAGUUCAGGAGCCCAUUUUAGAAUCGAUAUCUGUGAGAUGCGAUUUAAAGCGUACAAUAGGAUACGCUCAAGUUGCGACAAUAGCAGCGUACAGAGACUUGCUACUUUGCGAAGCAGAUAUCGUGAUGGAUACUGUGAUCAUAAACGUUGGCCAGAAGGACUUGGCUACUUUGUUUGCUGUGUGGACGGAUAACUUGAGCGAGGGGAAUUACAUUGGUGCUAUUGUACCAAGCUCUCCAGUGGAGCUCGCGCCAUCUGAUGUGCAAGUGAAGAAACUCCAAGCGUUCUUUGCGCAAGGAGAACCUAUAAGAAAGGAGUCUGUUAUAAGGUUCACUCUAGAAGGCGUAGAGUUGAAACUAUUCUCAGAUUUAGACGAAGUCUUAAGCUCACCUGUUCGGGACUUGAACCAUGGACUCGCGAAACUGACCACUGGCGAAAUGACAGUAGUUUUUGAUUAUUUCUCCGACAACAGCAUGGAGAUGAAGGCCAGCUUGCAGAGUCUGCUUAUUGAGGAUAUUCGACCUGAUACUACCAUUGCUAUAAGAAGGAUCGUGCAGUCGCAGGGCGGCGGGUCGCGGUCGGCGGGCGGCAUCGCGGUGGUGCGGCCCGCGCUGCUGGAGCUGGCGCUGCGGCGCUCGGCGCGCGCCGCCAGCGCCGACGUGCGGCUCGAGCGCACGCGCCUCAACCUCGCGCCGCCCUUCCUCGUGCACCUCGCGCGCACGCUGCUCGCCGCGCUGCCCGGCAAGGAGUUCCACAAACCGACAGCGGUUACAGUAAAAGAACCACCGUAA